UUUAAUAUCCGACUGCCAAACCACUUGAGCAUUCAGUAGAGCACCAACACCACUCGACGAUGGUCUCCUUCAAACCACUGGUAUUACUCGUAAUAGCCGCUUUUGCGGCUUAUUGCAAAGCCGAACCCAAAAUAGUUUGUUAUUAUGACAGCAAAUCUCACCUCAGACAAGGUCCAGCAACAUUCGACGUAUCAGAUAUUGUACCAGCUUUAGACCUCUGCACCCAUUUGGUUUAUGGGUCCGCAGCCAUUGACGAAUCAACUUACAAACUGAUCCCUCUCAACGAACAAUUUGAUACCAUCAAAGACAACUACCGAAAAGUUACCGAUCUUAAAAAGCGAUUCCCUAGACUAAAAGUUCUUUUGUCGGUUGGGGGCAACGCCGACGUGAGUGGCGAGAAGGAAGAAAAAAAUAUCAAAUACAGAACCUUGCUGGAAAGUACAACAAGCCGAUUGGCCUUCGUCAAUUCAGCCUACACCAUCGUCAAAGCUUAUGGUUUUGACGGUCUAGACCUUGCUUGGGAAUUCCCCGAAAACAAGCCAAAGAAAAUUAGAUCGAAGAUUGGUGGAAUUUGGCAUUCCAUUAAAAAGACAGUUGGAGGAACCAAAGUACUUGACGAAAAUGCUGCUGAGCAUAGAGACCAAUUUGUCAGUUUGGUUAGAGAAUUGAGGGGAGCUUUCAAAGCUGAAAAUCUGUUGCUUACUUUGACAGUAUUACCAAACGUUAACUCAACAGUUUACUAUGAUCCCAGAGCAUUGUCACCUAAUUUGGAAUAUGUUGUUCUUGACGCUUUCGAUUUUUACACACCUGAAAGAAAUCCCAAAGAAGCCGAUUAUCCGGCUCCGCUGUAUGAAUUGGUCGACCGGAAACCAGACGAAAAUGUGGACGCUCAAGUUAGAUACUGGUUGAGUAAUGGCGCUCCCAGCAACAAAGUAAUCCUCGGCAUACCCACUUACGGUCGUGCCUGGACCAUGGACGACGAAUCCGACAUCAACGGUAUCCCGCCACUCCACAUCGACGGUGCUGCCGAACCCGGACCGUGGACAAAACACGCCGGUCUGCUCAGCUACCCCGAAGUGUGCUCCCUGCUCAGCAAUCCCGACAAUACCAAACAAGCCAAACACUUACAAGUCAAACGAAUCCCUGAUCCUUCCAAACGCAAGGGAUCUUACGUUUUCAGGAUCGUCGAUGAAAAUAACAACGGCGGAUUCUGGGUGGGUUAUGAAGAUAGCGACACUGUGGGAUACAAGGCUAGCUAUGCUAAAGCCAAAGGCUUGGGAGGGGUUGCAAUGGUCGAUCUGAGUUUGGAUGACUUCAAAGGAACUUGUGGAAGAGAUAAAUAUGAUUUAUUGAGAGUGGCAAAAAUGAAUUUCUAGACUUUAUAUUCAUCUAUAUUGAACAAUAAAAAAGUAGAUGUAUAAUAAUUAUUUAAAUAAACAAUAACCGACAA